GAGUUGAAAAUCCAAGUGGGUCAAUGGUUAAUUCUCCGGCGAAUUCUGAUGGUGGAGUUUGUUUGAGUAAAAAGAAUGGUUGAUUUGAUGGAAGCCGGAACAGGAAGAUCAAGCCUGGUAAUGGCAGCCAAGUUCGAAACUAUUUCAUUCGAUGGGUUUCACAGAAAUCCGAAUCUCUUGCAGCGUCUCUCUUCUUCCAAGGCCUCCUGUGUCGUCAGAACCGAGUCAAAUGUUUGGAAAGAACGACAUAAGAAGCCAGACCCACCUUGUAUUGUCUGUGAAGGAAGUGGAAGAGUUAAGUGUCACCAUUGUCAGGGAAGAGGCAGGACGAACUGUGUACAUCUAGCAAUGCUUCCAAAAGGGGAGUGGCCAAAAUGGUGCAAUACUUGUGGAGGAAGUGGCCUUGGUUAUUGCUCCCGUUGUCUAGGGACUGGGGAAUACAGGGAUAUCAUGGGCUUCCAUUUCAUGAAAAUGGAUAACAAUCGGAUGCAAGAUUCCCAGCAGGGCCUUAAGUAACAGGAAAGAAGACUAUGGUGCAGCAAGCACUUUCAUGCCUUCACGGGGACCAUAUAGAGGUGGGU